GCCACCAUUACCACCACCACAACAAUAGCAGCAAGAUGGGGAACGCAAAUAGUGCCAUGCUGGAGAAUAUCGUCCAGGGAUCGAACUUCGACAGGGACGAGGUGGAUCGUCUGAGGAAGCGCUUCAUGAAAUUGGACAAGGAUAACUCGGGCACAAUCGAGCGCGACGAGUUCCUCUCACUACCCCAGGUCUCCUCCAAUCCUCUGGCGACGCGGAUGAUCGCCAUCUUUGACGAGGAUGGAGGCGGCGACGUUGACUUCCAAGAGUUUGUCUCAGGUCUUAGCGCCUUCAGCAGUAAAGGCAACAAGGAGGAGAAGCUGCGGUUCGCAUUCAAAGUCUACGACAUCGACAGAGAUGGCUACAUUAGCAAUGGAGAGCUGUUCAUUGUGCUCAAGAUGAUGGUGGGGAGCAACUUGAAGGACCAGCAAUUGCAGCAGAUAGUAGACAAGACUAUCAUGGAGGCGGACUUGGACCGGGAUGGCAAGAUCAGCUUCGAGGAGUUCACGAAAAUGGUGGAGAACACUGAUGUUUCCAUGAGCAUGACUUUGGACCAAUUCUAGACACCCCUCCAAACAAACGAGAUACCCGGCGUACAGAGCCAAGCGUCACAGCAGGACCUUGAAAGCUCUGGUACAACGUCACGACCACUCUUCUUGGACCGCAUACCUGCCUCUUAUUACAGGAAGGGACAGGCCUGAGUAGGACAUGCGCCAGAACCUGCUACUCGACCAGCAAGCUGAAAUUGUGACUUGACCAAUUUCGACAACGACGAGGGCGUUCCCGUCGUUCCGAUAAAGUCCCGAGCAAUCCUCUUAUCCUUGGGCAACAAGCCCGGCUGAUACCCGCUCUGGAAGUGGGCUUCUAGCAUAUUAUAUAUGAGCAUGAAGCAAUAUGAUAUGAAUGCACGCAGGGUCCUCCACUGGACCCACUUGCUCUCAAGAAGAUGGCUGAGAUGAAGAGCCACUCUUUAUUUCUACCACAAAAUCUCUUUCGCGCUUAUAUUCACUUGGUAUCCGCACUCUUCACGUCCACCAUCUGCUGCGGCUUCCGCCCGGACUUUCAGCCCACAAAAAGAGCAUCAAUACAUGUCAAGAUUUGAAGCCGCACCAGUGAGUUCCUUGUUCGACGAACUCGUAGUGCGUGCGGCGUCCAGUUCAUUCGUAACUAUAAUGCGCCUGCCUAGAGCUUCUAGUACCGACAUGACCGAUAACAGAACCAUUGAGAAUCCUUGCCAUGGAGAAUGUCUUUUGUUUUGCGUCAGCUUUCGUGGUCGAAUAGCUUGAUGGGGGAACAAGUGUUUUGGAACGGAUCUUAACAUCAUGAAUUUUCACACCAAGACUGACGCAGAAGGGAGCUGUAGGACACACCCACUCACCUAGCACAGAUGUCUCGUCCACUUUGCUGCCCGGAGAAAAGAGGAUGAGACGAAACAAGCGACUCACUGUCACUGUCGAGGAGACAACAAUCAUGAGUGAAGUGGUUACAACUAUCUGCCACUAUCGCAGCUUUCACUCCGUACUAAUACCAUACACA